AUGACUGAUUUUACGUACGACUUCACUUGCUCUUCUGUUGUGGCUGGUGUCAUCACUUUCGUCAACCCAAGUGAAGAGCGCGUCGACCUCAACGAAGUAUGGGUGGAUAUUCCCCCUUCCCUCGUCGCCCUCGGGGGGGAUGUGCGAGUGCGCGUGCAGGGCGCGCGAGGGCUGCUGCGCGUGCGGCUCGCUCGCGAAGACGACGACGGCCGCGCCCUUCUUGCCGCCAUGCCUUUAGCACUAGACGCCGAAGGCCACAUGACCCUACCCUGUGGCUAUUUCUCUAGAGGUGGCAUGUACUACCUCGAACUGAUUUUAGAUAAAGACACCUUAGAUGAUAGUGCAAGUAACGGCACUGAUUUUCUCGACAGUGACGUUAACAAAUACUUGGUCAAGAGGGAAGUAGAUGACGGUAGUAUUAUGGAAACUGGUGAUAGUGUAGUGAAAUCGUGGAAAUUUGACGUGUUGUGGCCUUCAGCCAAGUUGGAUGUAACGCCUGAACAGAUUCAAACGUAUCCAGAGAGGCAGGUGACGGCCAUUUUGGAAUUUCCCAAAGUGGUUUGUACGCCAAUGGAGUCAAGUGCUGACUUUUGGUUGGAAUUGUUGUACUGUGGACACUCAAGUGGCGGUGCCGUGCUAUGUGAUGGCAAGAAUUCCAGUUCGCAUGCUCAUGUUUUAUAUUCUGAACAGAUGCACGCGUUUCCUGGCAGAAGAACAAUGACACUUCGCUGCGAGUUGUUCGGGCAAGCCGGUGACUACGCCCUCACUUUGAGGCCAGCCGCCGCAGCCGGGCCUCAGGACUUGGCCGUUGCUUUUAUCAAGGCUGAUUGGUCCGAGCAAUUCGUCCUCAACGUCCACGGGGGUUCUGUAUUCCCCUGCGGAGAUGGUGUGCGAGUGCUCUUCCAAUACCCGGAAUGUGUGUUGGAGGGGGCAGACAGAGUCCGCGUCUUUGGCAGAGACGCCGAACGCCUGAGAUACGUCGCCGAAAGAAGAGUCAGACGGGGUCAGCACACAGUUUCUUUCGAUUGUCGACUCUUCAGUGAGCGGUAUCCCGAGUAUUGCUUUGUGUACGUAUCCCAGGCGGUUACCGGCGCAGUCGCUGACGUCAGAAUGGACUGCUUGCCCACGCUACCAUUGUCAGACGGCGGCGCCGGCGGCUGGGGCGAAUGGUCCCCGUGGUCAGCGUGUCCUGCGCCGGCGCACUGCUCUACGCGCACACGGAGUCGGCACCGUUUUUGUGAUUCGCCCCCACCCGCGUAUGGGGCCAAAUAUUGUGAAGGUCAAGCCGUGGAGCUGGCAGCGUGCGAGUGCACUGCAAGGCCAUGGGCCGGAGACUCUUCGCCGGUAGUCGCCGAGGUCGGUGCUCGGUGCCGCUGCGGUUGCGUGCUGCAUCUUGCGCCUGUUGCUAGAUUAGUUGCCGGCUCGGCUAGGGCCUGCCCUGCUAGGUCUUUUUGGCUUCUGCAGGCUGAAGAAGGUCUUGUGGUUCGUUUACGCUUCGAGGCUGUGCGGCUGCCGUGCGCCGGUCAGGCGCUCAGGGCGAGAGAUGGAGAUUCAUUAGGGUCUCCUUUAUUGGCGUCUUGGGACGGCCCUGACAGUUCUGCUGUUACUGGUGACGUGGAAACCACAACAGACUCCACGGGUGUGAUUGAAAUUGCUGGUGGUAGGCAUAUUCUCGUGGAACUGCGCUCAGGGGAUACCAGCGAACGCUGUGCUGGAGGCUUUCUAGCUCACGCUACGCAAGUUGAACCAAUUCGCAACGCGUCAGCUGCGUGGGCCUCAUCAGUUAGCAACGUGCAUUGGUGGCGCAGCGGGGGCGGAGCUAGGGGAGCCGCUGUGGCCCUCGCAGCAGCUGCUGCACUUGCUGCUUUGUGUCUAGCACUGCAUUCAGCACAUCGGACCAGAGCGUAUCAACGAGCUGCAGACAAGGAGUCGCUUACUGAUAGUGAUGCAUGUUCAGCAUCCCUGGAAUUGGGAGUAGGCACAGCGGGGUCUCGAAGUACGCUGCUGUCAGAGGUGGUUGGAGGAGGAGUUUCGCUGCGUCGUCUUCUGCCAUCGGGAAAGACCAAACACACUAGACUGAGAGACUCGGAUCGAGCUUCUGAAACUAUAGAGCAGAGAGAUGAAGAAGAUCAAGGCACAGAUGUUGAGGCCGAACAAAUUGACAACGCAAGUGUAGCUAGCGCAGGCAGUGUGACCAGUCAAGCAACUGUUACUCCUGAGAACGUAUCUUCUAGCAGUGCACCAGCUGGCAAGCAGAGUGUAGCGCCAUCACCGUUGAAACGAUCACAAACUGUUUCUGUUGGUAGUGUGCAACAAAUAUCAUCACAGCCUCAACAAUCCACCAGCGAAACAGUAACCGUAGAACUAAACACAAGCAUCACAAGUAUGAGCGAGAGAGAUGACACAUGCAGUGAGAAAGACAGAGACAGCUUAUGGGAUAAGGAUAGGAGUGCGAGUCGAGCAUCGUCAUCUACAUCUGCUGCUACUUUGACUAAUGGCUGGUAUUCCCCUGCACUGAGCGGAGUCUCCUCAGCGAGGAUCCGAGACAAUCCAAAGCAUACUAAGGAGAGUUGCAACCGGCGCCUUCUUCGAUCUGACUUGAGUCUUACUUCACAUCCUGAAAUGGAGAUCGAUUAUUAUGACUACGAAGUUAAUAACGCUGGUUCCGUUCCUGGCUCUUAUUUGGGAAUGGAUCCAGCAUUCUUGGUAUGGAUACCGCCUUUGGAAGAAGGUGAUAUCAUUAAAGAAAUUGGGGAGAGUAAAUCACCGAUUUACGAGGAAGUCAUUUCUAAAGAACUUCGCCCGAAUCCGGGUAGCAAUACAGAAUCCCCUGAAGAUCGACCUUCCUCAAGCCAUAUUAAAAGAAACUCUGACAACCGAUCGAUCAAGUCAAAUGACUCUGUUAAAUCCACACGAAAAGUCAUCGAUAGAGGCAAUAUCAUACAUCCAUUAAACUUCAGCAUCACAGACCUACAAAAUUCUCCAAAAAUGUCAAAGAAAAAGAAAAAGAAAGACGAAGUAACAAUACCGAUGAAAAAUUUAACUCUAACAAGGUCUCCAGUUAAAAUACAUAGAAGAGACAGGGAAUUUGACAACUCGGCAACCCUCAAAAGAGUUAACGAUAAUAUUAGAGAAACGAGAGAUGCAGAUACACUAAGACGAAUGGACAUGUCUGAUAUCAAAUUUGCUGACGAAAAUUCGGAUUCUUCAAAUGAAAUUAAGUUUGCUGACGAUUCUCCCGAUAGUAAUAGAUUGGUUGACAAAUUUGAUGUUAAAGCUUAAAAAGAAGUUAAAGGUGGAGUUUAAAAUGUGUUGUUAGAAUUUCUCGAGCAAGAAACUUAUUGUCUGAUGUAGUUUAGAAAUUAAAAGGAAAUGUGGAAUCCCAAUAAUUCGAUUCUUAUCUAUAAGUCUCACUACCAAAGAUUAGACGUCCCAUUCCCCGCUAGCCGUUUAUAAGGACCAAACUGUAUAAAUCUGACAUAUACUUUCAUAUCAUCAGAAUUCAUCCGUAGAAUCUAUUUUUAAAAAACAUCAUUCAUAAAGGUAGUGGACUAGAGUUUUAUAUUAAUUGUUUCAAAGAUAUGUAGUUUGGUAGAGUCAUUUAUAUCUUCACUUGUAGUGCUCGUGUCACUUUGCACUGUAAAUAUAUCAUUAUCUCAAUAGUAUUUAUCGAAGUCCUUUUCUAAAAACGCUGGUCCUAUGUCAAUACUGCUACGUUCCUUUGAAGGUCUUUUUAACCUUUUCGUGUAUCUUUCGUUAGCAUGUCUAUAUCUAUUUUUAUUUAUAGUUUAAUCUUAAGAGUAUUUACCAUCUAAAUUAUUUUUAUUAAUAUAUCUGAAUUAUCUGGUCUUUGCAUUUAAUUAUUUAUAUUACUAUUUAGAAGACUGACAAUCUUGGGCAGUGCAAUACUUCUAAAUAUAGUAAAUUUA